GAGCCCGAGGGGGCCUCUGGAGACCAGCACAGGGGGAGGAAGGCGGGGCAGAGAGGAAAUGAAAAAAGCUGGGGCGAGGAGGCGAGAUGAGGAGGGAGGGGGAGGGCGGGCCCUAGGAGGGAGAAGCUGACAGAGACCUACACAGACGCGCAGACAGACAAGAGACACUGAGGGACUUCAGAAGGCAGAGGUACCGGAGGGUCCAGAAAGCAGAAAUGUAAAGGAGGUGGCAGAGAAGUGUAAAGGAAGGGACAGGGGGUAGGGGACAGGGAACACUGGGGCACGAAGGAACAGGACCUGACAGAGAAGGAAAGAAACAGGAGUGAGGCACGAAGGAACAGGACCUGACAGAGAAGGAAAGAAACAGGAGAGGGACAGACACUGGAGAAGACAGAAACAAAAGACAGAAACACCGGCACACUGGGAACUGGGACUUGACUGGCAGAUCCCAGCUGCCGUGAAGAUGGUAGCCAGCGAUGGGCAUACUGGCGGACCCCCUUCUGUCACCCCUGGGAGCCCUCUCAGUGCAGGUGGCAGAGAGUGGCAGGGCAUGGCAGGCUCCUGCUGGAAUAUCACCUACGUUCAAGACUCGGUAGGACCUGUCACCAGCACCCUGAUGUUCCUGGCUGGUGUGGUGGGCAACGGGCUGGCACUGGGCAUCCUGGGUGCCCGACGGAGGUCACACCCAUCGGCCUUUGCAGUGUUGGUCACUGGGCUGGCGGUGACGGAUCUGCUGGGCACGUGUUUCUUGAGCCCUGCAGUGUUUGUGGCCUAUGCCCGAAACAGCUCUUUGCUGGGCCUGGCCCACGGUGGGACGAUGCUGUGUGACACUUUCGCCUUUGCCAUGACUUUCUUUGGCCUGGCCUCCACGCUCAUCCUCUUUGUCAUGGCUGUGGAGCGAUGCCUGGCACUCAGUCACCCCUACCUGUAUGCCCAACUGGACGGGCCCCGCUGUGCCCGCUUGGCCUUGCCUGCUAUCUACGCUUUCUGUUGCCUCUUCUGCUCACUGCCCCUGCUGGGCCUGGGCGAGCAUCAGCAGUAUUGUCCAGGGAGCUGGUGCUUCAUCCGCAUGCGUUCCACCCAGCCUGGUGGCUGUGCCUUCUCCCUGGCCUACGCCAGUCUCAUGGCCCUGUUGGUGACCUCCAUCUUCUUCUGCAAUGGUUCCGUCACUCUCAGCCUCUGUCACAUGUCGCAGAGACGCCACCAAGGCUCGUUUGUACCAACCUCUCGGCCACGAGAGGAUGAAGUUUACCACCUUAUUCUGCUGGCCCUCAUGACAGUCAUCAUGGCAGUGUGUUCCUUGCCUCUCACGAUCCGAGGCUUCACUCAGGCCAUCGCCCCGGACAGCAGAGAGAUGGGGGAUCUCCUCGCCUUCCGCUUCAAUGCCUUCAACCCCAUCCUGGACCCCUGGGUCUUCAUCCUUUUCCGAAAGGCCGUCUUCCAGCGCCUCAAGUUCUGGUUGUGUUGCUUGUGUGCUCCUUUUGUCCACGGGGAUUUGCAGACGCCCCUUUCCCAGCCCGCAUCGGGGAAAAGAGACCCACCAGCUCCUACUUCUCUCCGGGCUAAGGAAGGGAGCUGGAUGGCCCUGUCGUCCUGGGGCACGGGACAGGUGGCACCGUUGACUGCUGUGCCUCUGUCCGGCGGUGACGGCUGUUCUGUGGGAAUGCCAUCCAAAUCAGAGGCCAUUGCCUGCUCCCUUUGCUGAUACCCGGGCUGGUCCUGCAUGCCUUACUAAGCCAGGUGUCAUAGGACCAGAAGCCCGAAGAUCAGGGACUCACCUGAUGGUAGCAGGAAACACACAUUUGAUCCCCAGAGUCUGGGGGUGUCUGCUGCUGCUUCUCCUCUUUUGGUAUUGUGGCUAGAGGCCUUGGGAAGAGGGUGAGGGAUGCCGAAGGUCCUGUGACUCUAAAGAAGGAUUCUCUCAAAAUAACCAGAGCCUGGGCAGGGUACUCUGGCCCUGGGGCUCCUCCAUCCAUCUCACUGUCUAAAUAUUUAGGGAGCAGAAAAAUUCCCAGAAGCUUCUGUAGACUCAAGUCUGCUGCUCUCCCCUACCACUGAGGGGGGCCCCUGACUGCCCACCCCCAGGUCCCCAGGGCACACAAGGCAUUCCAGCAACUUCUCUCAGAAAUGUUCCUGCCUCCCCUGUCUCCCAUCCCCUAUCUGACUUGGGAAUUUGGAACUCCAAAAGGAAGCGAGAAGAAGGGGGAGGCCGUUGCACUGAAGGUGACAUUACUGGACAUGUGGGUACAGAAAUGGCCUGAGAAAUGCCACAGCUGUCUUGGGGAACUGUGCUGUGUGUGAACUUUGGAGGAGGGCACAGGGACAAGGGGGUGAUGGUGGUGAUAUAGCAUGCAGAGACUCCAAAGGACUUCACGGGAAUGCUUGAUAGGAUGCGUGUCCCAAGCCUGUCCCCUCCAUCCUGGAACAAAUUGCUGCCGCCUUUCAGAACUGGACCACAACUCACCAUCUUUGGAACCUCCACAAAAGUUUCCCUCAUUCAUUCGACAAACUCCCGGGGGACCUUGAAGUCAGCAGGCAUUCACUCUUCCUCCCUUGGAUCAGGGCCACAGAAAAGUCCUGGGCCUCCAAGCAGAGAGUCCUGGGUGCUUGAAAAUGAGCCGCCUGGCAGGAGAGGAAGUGAGUCAGCUGGAGGGCUGGGCUGCGGGAGGACAAGCCAGUGUUCCUGCUGCUGUUUCUCCUGGUUCCUGUUUCUCAGCCACUCUGGUCAUUUGUCCUCCCACUCCAUCUGCUUGGCAGCAUAUUACCAAAGCCUCUUCAGAGAAAGUGGAACCAAGGCCCAGAGAGAGCAAACCCCAAGCCUGGGUCACACAGCAGACACAGGGUCUGUAUCCCAUACUUUCUCAUGACCUCUCUACGCCUCAGUUUCCUCAACUCUAAUCCGACAGGAGCGCUUUGAGGAUUAAAGGACUCUCUCCCAAAAGAACAAUUUAGCAUGGGCCCUGGAAGGAAGCCACAGAGAGUGUUACUGUUACUGCUGUUGUUGUUAAUAUUGUUAUCUGGGCAAAUAUUAACUAGAAAACAAGGCAAGGAUUUCUUCUGAGUUUUUUUUUUUUUCCCCCAAGUAAGUAUAUUUCAGAUCACUCAGGAAGAGCAAAGAGUAUCGGAAGAGGAGAAAACAGGCGGAGGUAAGCUGGGUAUGGAGGUGUGUGCCUGCAACACAGCACUAUGCACAGGCAGGAAGGUCAGAGUUCAAGGCUACUACAUAGAGGGUUCAAGGUCAGCCUGGGGUAUUUGAGACUCUCAAAACCAAAUAACAACAGAUAAAAUCACAAAACAAACCAGUCUGUGUUGACCAGUCCUCAGGUACUGAAAGGUACUGUCUGAUGCCAGUUGCUGACACUGUAAAUGAUCCAAAUACCACUGAAUGGAUAAUUUGCUGUGAAUGAUAAAUGGUUAAAAUGAUAAUUUUUAUUUACGGGUAUUUUACCACAAUAAAAAAUGUAAUACUGAAAAAAUAA